AUGAGCUCGACGGUGUUGGGGUCAUUUUCCAGGCAGUCGUUGAUAGAAGAACCUCAGAGUUGUAGUGCUUGCAAUCAACCAGACACUUACGAAAAUAUCAUAGAUAACUACUGCAGAGCAGAUUUUGUGAUUAAGACCAAGAUUCGCAAGCUCCAGAAAAGCAAACUGGCUUGUAAACGUGCUCGCAUCCUCAAGAUCCGAGAUGGCGUAAGCCGCAAGGAAGUGCGCAGACCAACCCUUCAACAUGCGAAUAUGACAUCAUGUUGCGGCGAACUGGCGAGGCAUGCUGGCAAGAAAGCUCGCCUACUCAUCAUGGGCACCAGAGAUGGUGAAGGACUCACACCCACCUUCAUCAUGGAAUGGCAAAACACAGUAGCUUUCAAAGGAGCCGUUAAGGCUAUGAAAAAAAUCGAUUGCUCUAAUCCCCAAAUUAUUUCGGAAACUGUGGACGGUAACACGGAUGAGAAUGAACGCAGACGAAGAGCAGGACGCUCCAAGAAGAACAAGAAAAAGCACUCAAAGAAGGCCCAUCGUACUAGUGGUACUCUCGCUGUGGUCAGUGGAGGUUCACCCACUUUCCACACGUAAUGUUCAUAUAAUUUGAGCCACCUCGCUCGGCAGACAUUCGCAUACAUUAAGCGUUUUUGAAACAUCAAAACAAUUUGGUGAACUUAGUAUCAAUAUAGGAAUAGGUACUUUUCAAAAUUAUUUUUCUAGAAUGAAUAUUUCACAUUUAUGACCCAUGAACACACAAUUGAAACACUGAAGCAAGAUGGAAGAUAUUUUGCUUGAACAAACAUACCAUUUUAUCUAAUUCAAGUUCAGAUAAGCUGAUUAAGAAGAUACAGUUAGUAAUUAUUAUUUACAUAAAUGUGUUAGACUUGAUUUUUUUUUGUUAGUAGGUUAUGCUAAAAUUUAACUUGAGGAUAAUAUUUAAAAAGAGUGGACUAUAAUUUGUUUAAAAUUCGCAUCGCUUUAGAUGUAAUAAUUAAUAAGACACAUAGCUUUCGUUACCAUAUUUUUUCCCCAAUGUUAUAAAAUGCAUUUUUCUCGAAAUGUUUAGAGUCAAUAAACGUUUCUUCAAGAAAUCUCUUAAUACAGAAAGAAUAAAUGAUUUAAAACGUAAAAGUAUCACGAGUAUUUUGAACUGACAGGUUAACACAUCAAAUAACAAUGAACAACUUAGGACCUUAUUGUAAAAUCAUAUCCUUUAGCGAGAUGUAAUUUGCUAGUUAUACGGGAAUGUAUUUUAUUGUAUCAGUGGCAACAUUUAAAAAAUUUCCCUCAUCAUUGCUUAGUAUGUAUUCAAUCCGUAAUAGAAGAAAUUCGUCACUGAGGCUUGGAAUACCUAAAGCUUGUAUACCAUAAAAGUUUUUGAAAUAGAAUCUAUAACAUGAGCAGGAAUGUUGAAGAUAUAUAUCAUGUAAGGAAGAAUUAAUAACUGAUAGACAGUGUAAGUAAAUAAAAUGUUUGACAAAAUCAAGAAUUACAAUACAAUACAAAGAUUCAACAAAGUAGUCUGUGAAAUCUUUCAAAUUAACAAAAUAUUUUAGAAUAAAUACCUUGUGUUAAUGAGCCGUUAGCAAGAAAUAAAAUCCAAAUUGAAAAUUUGUUUUAAUCAAGAACGUUUUUAAAAUUUUCACUAUGCUCUAAAGUUUUAUAUAAAUGUACAGAAAACUUACGUACAAUUAUUUCACAGUUUAAUUUUUAUUUUAUCAUAACUAACUGUACAUUGUGGAAAUAUCAAAUUCUGCACCAAGAGUCAACGCCUUCCCCGUGAUCCUGUAGGCAAACUCCACAACUUGAGAUUCAAAAACUGAAUUUCAGGGGCAAAUUCCAUAUUAAAUGUUUUCGAGCGAUUUUCACAUUGUUCUUAUUUUAAUUUUGUAGAAGAUAUCGUAUUAUACUAUACAUCAUUUCUAAGGAACUACCACCAAACUAUUUUCCUUUGGGACUUUUGGUUAUAUUUCUAGUUGCUAAAAUUUAAUUUCCGAAUUGUUUUGGAAGUUCGAUUUCCGAACGGUUUUGUUUGAGCUUAGUAUGCCCGUUAUUUUCAUAUUAUGUGAAAUAGUUCGCAUUUACAUGUUCCAUUCUUUCGUAGAUAUCUCAUAAAAACUUCCUUCAUAUAUUAAAAAAGGCCGAGGGAAGAUCGUUCGUUUAGAGUGAAGUAUAAUUACGGUUUUAAUAAAGCUGAGUGGAAUUGUGCGAAAUUUUCCUGCAGGACUGCAGAUGAUUUUCCUUUGCACGCUCCUUUACCCAUCCUAGUCGGAGUUUCGUUACACCUCUUCACUAAAGUCCUUGUUUAACGAGACAUUUUUACAAAAGCACUUAAAUUGUAACUGAGAAUUCCUUUUAAUUAACUUCUAAUUAAUAAUUAAACUUCUAAUAUUGGAUUCAAGCCUUGGACUGCAAUGAUUAAUUCCACAUCAAAAGGUUUCGAGCGGUUUUUGUAUUUAAUCUGUUUUAAUAUUUCUAAAUGUAGUGAACCGUUUCGUAGAAAUAUCUUUCUAAGAAACUAUAUUAUUUUUUUGUCAAUGGCAUUUUUGUUAUAUUUGCAGUUGUUGAAAUUUUUCAUUUUAUAGCGGAUUUGAAAAAAAAAUCUUAAUCAUGUUUUCUAAUUCUAAUUAGAUGCAUUUAUAUCCAUGUAUAUGUUUAAAAAUCGUUUUUCGUUUAGAUAUUUAAAAACUUCUUUAAAAUAUUCAGAAAACUUAGAAGACCGCUUGUUGAGUAGAAUUGAUCUAUGGGAUUAACGAGGCCAGAUCAAAUCAAUCUAUGAUAUUAGUCUAUGGAUCAAAGAGAUGAAUCUAUGGAUCUAUGAGAUUAACGGGACCGGAUGACCUACAGUAUUACAGGGGAUGGAGUCCUUUGUGUGGAUUUAAUCUAUCUUAGUGCGGAGUUUGAUUGUACCAUUCACUGAAAUUAUUAAACUAUAAUAUAUUUUUAGAAAAAUUUCCAAACUGAGAUUAAAAAUCCACUUGAUUCUUGAAAGUUUCAUGCAAAAGAAUGGAUUAAUUCCUAUUACCUUAAAUGCAUGGAUGUUUGCCGAGGCAGGCGGUUUCAUGAUAGGGGAAACUGAAUCCCAUAUUUUUAUCAACUGUGCGAAAUAAUGGUUGCUGCAAAUGUGGACUUCAUCAAAAGCGAACUCUGCAGUCAGUGAGCCAGCCGCCCUUUUUUUCUUUUGGCAACUGUGUGGUUUGUGUGUAACUAGUGCAAAAUGGCAUUGUAAACAAAACAAGAAAGAUGCAGGAAAAACAAAACUGAACUGAACUUUGUGUAUCGGCAAAAUGUCGAUAUCGAACGUUUUGUUAUAUGCCUUCUUAUGAUACGUAGUUAUAUGAAAGUGAGCUUCAUUUUUUUGUUAUACAUAAUAUGUAAUUGUUGCUAAGCUUUGAUUUAUAACUGGAAUUGUGUUUACAGUUUUUCUACUAUCGCAGUUUUGAAUUUCUAUUUUUAAUAUUUUUUCUUAUGAUUUAUUCUCUGUGAAUGUAGUACUCUUAACAUGACAUAAUUUUAACAUGGGUAUUAACAGUCAAAAUGUUUUAGAACUUUUGACUUGCAAAUAAUUUGUUAUCUAGAAGUCUGUUCAAUUCAUAUGUAGUGCCAGCAUGAAUUUAGAAUAUGUUAAACUAUUACGGAAGAAAAAGAUUUAAAAAAAGAGAAAUAUCUCGAUUUUUUAAUAUUGUGCCAAUUAUUGAUAUAUGAAUAUUGUGCAAAAUGCUUGUAAUAUUCAGAGCCAAUAUAUAUUGAAUGAUUUUGAAAUUAUUCGGCUUAAAAUAUUCUAAGCAAGUCGUAUUAUUUGAAGUUCAGUUUUAAAUUUGUAUUUUCAUUUAUUAAUUUCAAUAAGAAAUAUAACGAUAUAUUAAAGUAUAUUAUAUCUCUCCUUAGCAAUUAAAUUAUGUUGUAAUAUUAAUGAUUUGAGGCAACAGUAGAAGCAAUUAAAAAUGAUCGAAUUCUUUUUAAUUAAAUAUAUCUAUGUAAAUCUGGAAAUAUUUUUACAAUGUUUACUUACUUGUGAUUUUAUCUAAUUUAAAAAGAAACAUUUUACUUAAAAUUAAAACUUCUGCCUUAUUUUCAAAAUAUCUGGAAUAAAGUUAAAAAUUUGAACUAAUUUUAUGUAUUUUUAAAAUAUUUUAAGUGUGAAAAAUUUGUGUUCUCGUUGUUUUAUAUGCAUUUUAAAGAAUUAUUUUCUAUUUUUUUAAUUAAAUUAUAUUAAAUACAAAAGGAAUAUUUCUUCUCGAAUAUAAAUAAGUCCUACGUUCUCUACCUACUGUUAGUAACUUUAAAUGCUCUUUUGUGAAAAUCUAAUUAAAUGUUUCUCAUGAGUUCUGUUUAAUUACCUAGAAGUUUUAAUCAAAUUUGUCAAAAUAUUUCAUAAUACUUUUCAUGUGCUUUAUAUUACAGCUCUGAGUUCCCGCUUCUGUGGGUCAGAAAUUAAUUAUUAUUAUUUUAAUUGAGCACAGUUUGUAACUUGCUACAGUUUGAAAUGACAUGAUUGAUGCAAUCAGUUCUUAAUGUUAAAUUACAUUUCUGUUAAGCAUUUACAAUCUGAAAUAUGCAGUUGUAGUCCCCUUCCUUAAAGUGUAACAUCUUAUGUUUGUGAAACAAUGUAUAAAAUCUGCUUAGAAAUAUAAAUCAUAAUAAAUUUAAUAAACUAAUCUUUUGAUAUAAUAUUUAAACUGAAUAUAAUAACCCAUUAAGGCAACGUAUCAUAUAAAAUUAAUACUAUGAAAUUCUAUUGCGCUGCUUGAACUGCUUAUUAGAAUCAAGCUUUAAAAAUAAGCCUGUGUAUUUUGUCUCUAAUUCAUAACUAAAUUCUAAACUGAAGAAGUAUCGGAUCUUUAAAUACAUUUACAUAAGCAGAAAUUUGUCUGUGUUUAAAAAUCCUUAUUGAAACUCUUGUAAGGUGUUAUUUCAUAUAAUUUCUAAAUUGUGCAAAUAUUGCAUCGAAACAAUUUCUUUAAAAUUAAGUACUAGAUACAUAAGCUCUUCUGAAUCUUCGGCUUUGAUUUUAAAAUACAUAACUAAACAAUUCAAUUAUACAAUUGCAUAGAUUUUAUAUUUAAUGUUCUUCAUAUUAAAAAUAAAUUAAGGCAUAUAAUUUUUAAGUAUACUUAAAGUUAUUAAAAUGCGUAGAUAUAUUAAACGUCAGUUUAAAGAAAUUAGAAACUGACGAAAACCAUGUUAUUUAAAGAAUAGUCAAGUUAGCUUGUAAUCUACGUGCAUUUGUAUAAUUUACUUUAAUAAUGGAAAACAUUUUAGCGUAAGUUUCUCUUAAAUGCAUGAUUUGUUUUAACAUACAUGUAUCAGCUUAAUUUCUUCCUAAAUGUUUUCAAUUUAGACCAUCAUACAUUUCAAAGUAAUAUAUAUUCAGUGUUACUUCUACCGUUUUGCGAAGUACAUUUGAAUUACAAACAUCUGAAUCGUAAGUUUGUUAACAAUGUAUUUCUUAUAACUCAACCAUCUCAUCUACGAAUUUGAAGAUCAAUUAUUUGUAAUUCUCACCAUUACUUAAUAAUAAGAAUUUCUCUGCACUGGUCUAAAGCGGAUUAAGUGUUAGUGUACUCGAAAUUUUGCGUUAUCUUCGAAUCCAGUGUGAAUAAGAAUAAUUUAUAAUGUACUUUAAGAUAAAGAUUAGUUUUUGUACACUACUAAUUUUAAAUACACUUUUUAUAAUUAGGAAACAAUAUGUGCGGUUGAAAUAAUUUUGAUCGAAUAAAAAAUAUUUUAUGAACUCUUCAGUCAUUCGUAAAAACCAAAACAAUUAUACUACACUUAAUGCAGAAAUUUUAUGCUGCCAUUUAAACUGAAAUCUAAAUCUCUUAGCAUAAGAGUGAAAAAUAUGGUUUUAUCCAAAGAAAUUAUCACUAUAUGGCGAUAAACUUUCAGGCAUCAGAGUGGUCGAGUUAUAAGAUAUAUCCUCUAUUAAAUAAAGAUGAAACAUCAAUGCAUGUAUCAUGGAAUACAAUAUUAGGAAGGGGCCAACUUUAUCGAAGAAACAGAAAUAUGUAUCGGUUUUGAACCCCGGAGUAUACUAUGCUUUUCUGAAUAAAACAGCCUAUUUUUAAAUA